AUUACUUCAGUAAUCGCAUUUGAGGAACAUAAUACUCGCAUUCAUGGGGAAAAUGGUUGGUAUGUACCACAAGAAGAUGGUUCCUUUCAUUGGGUCGAUAUGCAAAAAGCAGACUCGUAUAUCAGGGCCAUGGAAAAUAUAGAAGAUUUCGGUUUGACCACCAAUCCAGUGAAAUUUUAUCUAUAUACCAAAUCUAACCCCACCAGGGGCGAAAGAAUUAAAGCUGAUGCCGAAUCUAUACUUGGCUCAAACUUUAAUAAAUCUAAUCCUACCAGAUUUAUAAUACACGGUUGGACUCAAAGCCGUCUGGCGGGUAUGAACAGAGAAAUACGUGAUGCCUGGUUGAGUGUGGGUGAAUACAAUAUUAUUGUGGUUGAUUGGGCUCGAGCUCGUUCGGUCGAUUAUAUUACAUCUGUUUUGGCUGUACCCAGGGUGGGCGAGAAAGUGGCCAGCAUGGUUGAUUAUUUGGUAAAAGAACACGGCAUGUCUUUGAAUACCUUAUAUGUUAUCGGUCACAGUUUGGGGGCUCAUGUGGCUGGCUUUUGUGGCAAGAAUGUUGUGACCGGUCAAGUUCACGUCAUUAUAGGUUUGGAUCCUGCCUUACCUUUAUUCAAAUACAAUGAACCCGAUAAACGUUUGAAUAGUACCGAUGCUUUCUAUGUAGAAUCUAUACAAACCAAUGGUGGUAAAUUGGGUUUUUUGAAACCUAUUGGUCGAGGAGCUUUCUAUCCUAAUGGUGGUGAAUCUCAACCAGGCUGUCUUUUGGAUCUUACUGGUGCUUGUUCUCAUGCUCGUUCCUGUAAAUAUUAUGCGGAAGCUGUUGCUGAGGAUAAUUUUGCCACAAUGUUUUGUGAAAAUUACGAACAUGCUGUUGCCAAAGAUUGUGGUGAUAUAUUAAGCUCUGUACGCAUGGGUGCUGACAAAAAUGCAUUUAUUGUUGGCGGUGAUUUCUAUGUACCAGUAAACAAAAAAGCUCCUUUUGGCAUGUUGUCAUAA